GAUAAACUAAAAUAGUUGUAUCACAGGGGGGGAAAGUGCGACGGAAUUUUUCUUAAUAGUAACAAUUUCACAACAUGUGUAAUAAGUAAAAACGUGGUUGAUUUUUAAAAAUAUAUUUUUUCGUAAUUUAACAAAAUUGGAGUACUUUUAAAUCAAAUCAAGUAAGAUGGGAAGAAAGAGAGAACUGCGUGAACUUGGCAAACGAGGUCCUGGCAAAAAAGCUAGAAUUCAGCCCCCUCCAGAACUGUUUAUGAAAGAUAAUGCCAGUCAAGAUAAAAAGAAGAAAGUUUCAACUAAAAAGAAGAAGCAAGAUGGUAAAAAGAGGGGGAAAAUUGAGAAGAAAAUCAAUUUGUUUGAAGACAGCAGUGAAGAUGAUGGAAUUGGUAUGAUAGAUGAUGACUUUUUGAAGACAGAACAAUCUCUCGAAGACAUGCCAACUGAUGACUACAGGUUGGAAUUAAACAGCGAUAUGUCAUCAUCAGAUGAUGAAGAACAUGAUGAUGACAAGAAUGAAAAUAAUAACAAGUUGCUAGCUAUUGAAAAAAAGUCAAAAAAGCUGGAUAAAAAAAUCAGCGAGGACAGAGUGUUGGCUGAAGAAGAGCUUCAAACAAACAUUGCUGAAAAGGAUGUUUUCACGUUGCCCAGUGGACAAGAAAUAGAGAAAGAACUGUUAGAACCACCAGACUUGACUUUGAUUCAUCAAAGGAUUUGUGAGAACAUCAGUGCAUUGAAUAACUUCAACAAAUAUAGAGAGCCUGGAAAAAGUCGCAAAGAAUACCUGGAUUUACUCAGAAAUGAUCUGAUGAAUUACUACAGUUACAGUGAAUUUAUGAUCAAUAAGCUAAUGGACUUAUUCCCACUUUCUGAGCUGUUAGAGUUCCUUGAAGCAAACGAAGUCCAACGUCCAGUAACAAUUCGAACAAAUACAUUGAAAUGUCGCAGGAGGGACUUAGCACAGACAUUAAUCAAUCGGGGAAUGAAUCUAGAUCCUGUUGGGAAAUGGUCUAAAGUUGGUUUGGUUGUUUAUGAUUCCUCUGUUCCUAUUGGAGCAACCCCAGAAUACCUGGGUGGUCAUUACAUGCUGCAAGGAGCCUCUUCCCUGAUGCCAGUGAUGGCACUUGCACCUCAAGAGAAUGAACGGAUACUUGACAUGUGUGCGGCCCCUGGUGGAAAGACAACGUAUAUGGGUGCUUUGAUGAAGAACUCAGGGGUUAUUGUGGCAAAUGACCAAAACGCAGAUAGAUUAAAAGCUCUAGUUGGGAAUAUUCACAGACUUGGAGUAAACAACACUGUGAUUUGUAAUUACGAUGGUCGAUCAUUCCCAAAGGUGAUGGGAGGUUUUGAUCGAGUAUUGCUGGAUGCUCCAUGCAGUGGUACUGGUGUAAUAUCGAAAGAUAAAUCUGUUAAAACUAACAAGGACGAGAAAGAUAUACAACGGUGUUCUCAUAUUCAGAAAGAGUUACUCCUGGCAGCUAUAGACUCUGUUGAUGCUCAAUCUUCCUCUGGUGGAUAUAUUACAUACUCUACAUGUUCAAUAUUGGUCGAAGAAAACGAGUGUGUUGUGGAAUAUGCAUUGAAUAAAAGACAUGUGAAAUUAGUUGAAACUGGUUUGGAUAUAGGCAAUGAAGGACUAACCAAAUUUCGUGGUCAUCACUUUCACAACACAAUGAAGUCAACACGGCGCUUCUAUCCCCAUGUUCAUAAUAUGGAUGGUUUCUUUGUUGCAAAGCUGAAGAAAUUUUCCAACAGUAUUCCGAAAUCAUUAUCAGAAGUUGCAAGUAAGGAAAAUAUCAAUGAAACAAGCGAGGAUGCAAACCCUAAAUCAACAGAAAAGCAGAAGAAGGGCAAACAGAAAAAGAAAUUUUCCAAAAGAACCAAAUGAAUUUUUUUUAGUUUGUUUUUAAAAUAUUUAUUGUUUGUUACCAAAUUAUCUGGAAUAUUUUAAGCGGAUUUACAUGAAGUACUCCAACUAUUCAAUAUGAUGGGUUGAUUUUGUGAGUCUAUUUCUUUAUUUUGCAAGGAGUGUAAAAAUGUAAACUUUGGUAUCUUCACACAGAAAU